AUUCAAGACAAAAAGCGCCCGCCGGCACAGCCCAAAUAGCGUGGCUGCGCGGCGCCGGCGAGCGGGCAGCCCCGCCAUGCCGUCCCUCGAGGACGACGAGGACGCCAAGGCCGUGAAGCAGGACGACGGCGACAUCCCGCCCAUCGUCCAGAAGGUAUGUGUAUUUAUAUGUAGGCAGCCCUCAUGAUAACGUAUAGGCCAUCACCUACUGCUGGUCGAACGGCUUCUUGGACGUAUUUAGGAAGUACUUCCGGGACAACGCCGAGCCCUUCAUUGGGUACCCGCCGAAAAGGGACAUGGAAAGCGCCGAGCACACGCUCGAACAUUGGGACCUCUUCCAGACCUACCUCAAGCUGUACGAAGAUACGCUGAACGAAUGGUUGGAACGGGAAGGCGUAGAAAACGCCCAGUUUUAUAAAGAUGUCCAGCACGUCCAGGACACGACGACCGACCCAAAAGUACAAGAAUUCGUCUACUGCCUUCUUGCCAGUUGCGACUACGACUCCUUCUACAGCGUCAUGGUGAGGGAGGCCAUGAAGCUCGGCGCGUCGUCCAAGCCCAUCUUGCGGGCACCGGAGACGGCCGAGGCGAAGAACGCGGACGACGAUGGUUCAGGUGCCAAGGGCGACAAGGGGUCCAAGUAGGUCUGUUGGAGGAGCCUUUUAAUUUGCUUUGCUUAA